AUGCUUGAUGAGGAGCUAGCUGAAUCUGUUGCAGAAUUGUCUUUAAAUCAAGAAGAAGAGGAAGGCAAUGUGAAUUUAACUCUCGAGGAGAUUAUGUGUCUCAGUGAAGAGGAUUUACUAGAGAUGGGAACAACCCGAGAGGAAUUAAUAGAAAUGAUGAAUGUUACAUUGUCCGAUAAUAAUCAUGACAAUGAUCAGUGUGUUGUGGUUCAUGAUGAAAAUAAUGAUGAAAAUAAUGAUGAGGAUGAUGAAAAUGUAGAAUAUGAUGAGUUUGCCUCUGAUGAGGAAAUUGAAAUUGAAAUUGACGAUUCUGCACUUGAAAAUUUGGAUGUCGAGGAAGAAGUUCAGGUUAGAGUUGAGGAUUUGCCAUUCCUGAAUGAAAUUUAUUUGGAAAAUAUGAUGAAUUGGAGUUGGGAUGAACAUUUGAAUCCAAAUCUGAGGGAGUUUCCAAUUCCAUCUGCUUCUAAUCAAACAAUUAGUAUUUCAGCUGGUUUAUCAAAGAAGAAUCGUCUCAAGAAGGAAAAGAAACUCAAAGAAGAUCCAUCAGUUAGUAGAAAGCCAGUUCCAAUUUCUAAAGUAUUUCAUCAUCCAAUCUCAUUUUGGGCCAAUUAUAAUGAGAUUAUCACUAACAGAUUCAAGAGUAGUUAUCCAGUUUCAGAUAUCAAAUGUAUUAUCAAGAAUGAUUUAUUGAAUCGUUUCACAAAAGCAAUUAUUUCAGAAGAGCAACGUAUAGGGAAAUCAGUCACUGAUCGUAUCUUUCUCUGUUUUCAUGGAACUUCCCCACACAAUAUCGAGAGCAUUAUAGAAAAUGGACUCCUCGUUCCAGGAAAGAAUAAUAAUCUAUCAGUUAUUAAUGGAAGUGCAUUGGGAGUUGGAAUUUAUGUUACUGUAAUGGAUCCUAGAAUUAGUGUUGGAUAUUGUGGAGGAGGAAAUCAAUUAUUUGCAUGUGCAGUUCUUUUAUCUGAUACAGUCAAUACGAAGAAUCAUGGAAAUGUCCUGGUUAUUAAGGAAGAAAAGUUUAUUUUACCUUGUUUCUUGGUGACUGUCAAGACGCCAAUGUACAUGAAUCAAUACAAUAUUUCAUCACAAUCUGAAAAACAAGCAAAUGAAGAGGAAAAGAAAAACUUGACUAAAAAGGGAGAAGUGGUAUUUUCCAAAAAGAAAAAGGAAGAAGAACGAGAAAAGAUUCGUAAAAAAAAGAUUGAAAAAAAAAUUAAACAAACUUAUUAG